AUGCAUCAGUGGACUAUUACACCCAUGCCGGAGUACCUCUACUCCAACUCCACCAGCCAGUCGAACGACCUCCAUCAAUCGCCUUACGCUCCUCCGCAGCCCGACAUCACCAGGCGGGACCAGCCUGUAGAUUAUCGGGCUUAUCCCACACAGCCAUCGCAGGCGACGUCGCAGCCCCAGCACCCUCAUCAGCAGCAGCACCCUCAACAUGCGCAACACCAUGCGGCCCCGCCUGUGCAGCAGCAGCAGCCCAUGGCUCACAGCCAGCAGGGCCAGGCUCCACCGCCCCAGCAGCAGGUCCCGGCUCCGGUACCCCCGGCUAGCGGGAGACGGAAACGCCCGGCUCCCGGUGCGCAUCCGCCGUCCCAAGCUCCACAGCACGCGCAACACCCUCCCCAGCAUCAGCCCCAGCAUGCUCCCGCUCCCGCUUCUGCCCAGCAUGCUCCGCAACACCCUCCACACCAUGCCUCCCACCCACCUCAACAUACUCCUCAGCACCCACCCCAGCAUGCUUCCCAACAUCUCCAGGGUCCCACGGCUGCUCAGCAGCAGCAACAGCAACCGACCCAGCAAGCCGCCCAGCCUGGUUCGACUACAUCACACCAAGUAACGCAGUCCCCUGCCCAGCAACCUCAUCAACAACAGCCCCAGCAGCAGCCCCAGCAGCAUCAUCACCAGCAGCCCCAGCAGCCGCACCACUCUCAACUCCCGCAACAUGCGCAACAUCCGCAGCAGCAACAGCAGCAGGCGGCAGCUCAAGUUCCCGCUCCUUCACCGGCUCAAUCUGCUGCUGCCCCGACACAGCAGGCUCCUGUCGAGGACGGUAGCUCUACCCCGACCCAACCUCCCGCAAAGAAGAGCCGGACAAAUACUCCCUGGACUCCCGCGGAAGAGCUUCGGUUGAAGCAGAUGCGUGACGCCGGCAACAGCUGGGCUGAGAUCGCCAAGACCUUCCCGACCCGCACCGAGGGCAGCGUCAAGAAGCAUUGGUAUAAGGACAUGCAUUAUGCUGAAUUUGCUGAAGAUGAGGCACGUCCGAUCUGGCUUCGUCCGUAUUGUUUUUCAGGGGCUAACACCGCCUUCCAGAAAGCGGCGCUGUUUUCAGCAAUCAAGGAGUACGAGAACAACAAGUGGAAGACCAUCGGGCAAAAGGUCGGCAAGCCAGCCAAGGCCUGCGAGCAGUUUGCGAAGGAGCAUUUCCCUGAUCUGUUCCCGCCGGCGAAGACCAGAUAG